AUGACUGACACCGUGUUCAGCAGCAGCUCAAGCCGUUGGAUGUAUCCCAGUGACCGACCCCUGCAAUCAAAUGAUAAAGAACAGCUCCAGACAGGAUGGUCUGUCCACCCUAGCGGUCAGCCGGACAGACAGAGGAAACAGGAAGAGCUGACAGAUGAGGAGAAGGAAAUCAUCAACAGGGUGAUCGCUCGCGCUGAGAAGAUGGAAGAGAUGGAGCAGGAGCGAAUCGGGCGCCUGGUGGACCGCCUAGAGAACAUGAGGAAGAAUGUGGCCGGGGAUGGGGUGAACCGCUGCAUCCUGUGUGGAGAACAGCUGGGGAUGCUGGGCUCCGCCUGUGUGGUGUGUGAGGACUGUAAGAAGAAUGUCUGCACCAAGUGUGGGGUGGAGACCUCCAACAACCGCCCGCACCCUGUGUGGCUCUGCAAAAUCUGCAUCGAGCAGAGAGAGGUGUGGAAGCGCUCUGGAGCGUGGUUCUUCAAGGGCUUCCCCAAACAGGUCCUCCCACAGCCUAUGCCCAUAAAGAAGACCAAGCCCCAGCAGCCAGUCAGUGAGCCUGUGCCCACUGCCCCUGAGCAGCCCACUCCUGAGCCCAAGCACCCUGCCCGGGCUCCUACUCGAGGUGACACUGAAGACAGGAGGGGCCCAGGUCAGAAGACAGGCCCUGACAUGACCUCUGCUCCUGGGCGAGGAAGCUAUGGGCCUCCUGUGCGCAGGGCCUCUGAGGCACGAAUGAGCUCCUCUGGCCGGGACUCAGACAGCUGGGACCAGAGCCAUGGCACAGCUGCUGGGGAUCCCAGCCAGAGCCCAGCAGGUUUGAGACGGGCCAACUCAGUCCAGGCUUCUAGACCUGCCCCAGCCUCAAUGCAGAGCCCGACACCUCCCCAGCCUGGGCAACUAGGGCCCCCAGGAGGCAGCAGACCCAGUCCGGGGCCAAUGGGACGCUUUCCAGAUCAGAGACCAGAGGUGGCUCCCAGUGACCCUGACUAUCCAGGGGCUGCCGCCCCACCCCGGGAGGAGAGAACCGGGGGAGUCGGAGGCUACUCGGCAGCUGGAACCAGGGAGGACCGAGCGGGCCACCCCCCAGGCCCCUAUUCCCAAGCCUCUGCGGCUGCUCCCCAGCCAGUGGUGGCCCCGGCCCGUCAGCCCCCACCCCCUGAGGAGGAUGAGGAGGAAGCCAACAGCUACGAUUCAGAUGAAGCAACCACCCUGGGUGCCCUGGAGUUCAGCCUUCUCUAUGACCAGGACAACAGCUCCCUGCACUGCACCAUCAUAAAGGCCAAGGGACUGAAGCCCAUGGAUUCGAAUGGCUUGGCUGAUCCCUACGUUAAGCUGCACCUCCUGCCGGGAGCCAGCAAGUCCAACAAGCUUCGUACAAAAACCCUGCGGAACACCAGAAACCCCAUCUGGAAUGAAACUCUGGUCUACCAUGGCAUCACAGACGAGGACAUGCAGAGGAAGACCCUCAGAAUCUCUGUCUGUGAUGAGGACAAGUUCGGCCAUAAUGAGUUUAUUGGUGAGACCAGAUUCUCCCUCAAGAAACUGAAGCCCAAUCAGAGGAAGAACUUCAACAUCUGUCUGGAGCGGGUCAUCCCGAUGAAGCGUGCUGGGACCACCGGGUCAGCCCGAGGCAUGGCCCUCUAUGAGGAGGAGCAGGUGGAGCGUAUUGGUGACAUAGAGGAACGUGGCAAGAUCCUGGUGUCCCUCAUGUACAGCACACAGCAGGGAGGCCUCAUCGUGGGCAUCAUACGCUGCGUGCACCUGGCGGCCAUGGAUGCCAACGGCUACUCAGAUCCAUUUGUCAAGCUCUGGCUGAAACCAGACAUGGGAAAGAAAGCCAAACACAAGACUCAAAUUAAGAAGAAAACCUUGAAUCCUGAAUUUAAUGAGGAAUUUUUCUAUGACAUCAAACACAGUGACCUGGCGAAGAAGUCACUGGACAUCUCAGUCUGGGACUAUGACAUCGGCAAGUCCAAUGAUUACAUUGGAGGCUGCCAGCUGGGGAUCUCGGCCAAGGGAGAGCGCUUAAAACACUGGUAUGAGUGUCUGAAAAACAAGGACAAGAAGAUCGAACGCUGGCACCAGCUACAGAAUGAGAACCACGUGUCGAGUGAUUAG